AUGGAAAACUUAUUCAUUGAAAUUGCACAAUUUUUAUCUGGUGUUUACUCUUUGAUCCUUAUACUUGUUGGUACACCAUUAAAUCUUCUAUGUUUUUACAUAUUUACACGUUUAGUACCCAAUCGUUCAAAUCCAACAAUAAUUGUUUUUGCACAUUUAGCUCUAAUUGAAUUACUCAUACCUUUUACAUGGAAUAUAAAUUAUGUUGUUCGUGAAUUAUUAUGGAAAUAUCAAAAAACAACUUCGAUUAAAAAUGUUGAACAACAUUCAUUGUUUAUAUGUAAACUGAUUGCCUAUGGCGCUUAUUUUUCUCUUCAAUGUGCUGCAUGGCUUAAAACAUUAGCAACAUUUGCACGAUGUGUUUCACUACAUAAUAAUUGGCCAUUAAAAAAUUGGUUAUCGAAACCAGUUGUUAUUCGACGUGUUAUUUGGUUUGUUGUUAUUCUUAUAGGUUUUUUAAAUUUUCCAAUAUUAAUUGUUAAUGGAAAACGUGAAUAUGUUAACGAUCAAUAUAAUCAAACCAAAAUCGAAAUUAAAUGUUAUCAAUCAAGUUUUUUUCAAUUUUGGGAAAUUGCCCAUUUAUUAUUAUAUAAUUUUAUUCCAUUUACAUUAAUGAUAUUUUGUAAUAUUUUAAUAAUUCGUCAAGUUCGAGAAUCUCGUAAUCGAACACAACGAUCAAAAUUAAGUGCAACAUCACCAAAACAUCAUCGUACAAAAACAAGUGAUGGUGGACGAUUAACAAAAACUUUAAUAUUAGUAACAAUAUUUUUUAUUCUAUUUACUUCACCUGCUGCAAUAUUUUAUAUAUUUUUUGGAAAAAAAAUUAAGAAUCAUAAGAAUUUAAUAACAAUGACUUUUAGUAAUUUAGCAACAACAAGUCAUGUUACUUCAUUUAUUAUUUAUUGGCUUACAUCAGCUGAUUUUCGAGAUGCAGCUAUUAGUGCUAUUUUUUGUCGACCAAUAACAUCUCAACGACAUUCAAUAGAAGAUAAACAACAUGAUAAACACAUUUCCGAUCAACCACCAUUAGCACCGCCAAUCGUUCAAUCUAAUGAUGUAGAUCAACGGAAAUUGCCUUUACUUCUUUCAUCAUAA